AUGUCCGGUGCAAUUGAACGUCGACACGAAGAUUUAGUGGUAAGAUUAAUAUUUUUGAUUCAAAAAUUAAUCUAACAAAAUGUUCAGAAAACAGUCGUUGAUGGAAAUGGACAAUUCUAUCAAAUUCAUAAUGAACCAAUUCCAACAAAAACAUGUUUCGAUGUUACUUUCAAAACUGUAGGUUACUGUAGUUCUUCACAUAUUUUUGAUCUACCAGAAAGUUUUGAGAUUUUUUUCAAUCGGUACCACGCGCUCCACCAGGGUUACUGUGCAUAAUUCUGAAUCACAAGUCAGAGAUGCUUCUAAAAAACACUUUUUUCCAGUAUUCAACACCAUCUGUAAGUUACGUGGCAACUGUCAAAAUUCCAAGUAAUUAUCCAUUUGCUCCACCGAAAAUUGAACUGAAGGAUGAUAAGACAAAACAGAAAGUAAGUUUUCGCAUUUUUUUCAAAAAUCUUAAUUUUAUUUCCAGGUGAAAUUCAAGUUUUUGGAAAAAAAUAUGUGGCAACCAACAAUGAGUAUUCGAGAAGUUUUGCUCGAAGCAAGUCAUGCACUUUCUCGUCGAGAUUUGAAACCAAAAAGACCGAAUAUUUCAAUGUUAAUUCCUCGAAGCCAAAAAGCUUGACCAUCAAGAUAAAUGAAUUAUUUUUCCCACGUUUUGUUCUACUUUUUCUGGGCGGUUUUGAGUUAUUUCUUAUCCUAUUAUUUAUAGGAAAAUGCCAGGAGAGUCAGAUAAAGAAGUAAUAGAUUCACAACAACAAAAUCAACCGAAAACAUUUCAUCCUGGUCAAAUAAUUGAUGGAAAAUGGCGAAUAAAAUCAUUAUUAGGACAAGGUGCUUGUGGAGUUGUUUAUAAAGUUGAAGAUAAAGCUAAAAAAGGAUGGUCGGCUGCAAUGAAAAUCGAAUUUAUUUCACCAGAUUAUGAUCAAACUUUGAGAUUAGAAAUUGGAGUUUUGAACAAAUUGAAAAAUAAAAAAGAUAUGUUACAAUUGGUUGAUUUUGGACGACGAAAAACCUUUACGUUAGUUUGAAUUUUUAGAUUUUUAGAUGAGUGCAGUAAGAAAGUAAACAUAUUUUAAAAUAGUAGCUUAGGAAUACUACUGUUGUCAAACCCCGAACAAAGAUUUUUUCUUUUUCUUCUCAACUGAAACAAAAAUAAUAUAAUUUUGCAGAUAUAUGGUAACAAUUCUGUGUGGAAAAGAUUUGAUGGCACUUCGCUGUAAAAUAAAACGAGGUUUCAAUGAUAGUUCCGCACUUCGGAUUGCUGUUUUCACAUUAUACGGUUUAAAACAAACACAUGAAGCUGGAUACAUUCAUAGAGAUGUAAAACCAGGAAAUAUAAUUACAGCUGCAAAAAAUGGCAGAGAUUCGAGAUGUUUAUUAUUAAUUGAUUUUGGGAUGGCUCGGUCAUUUGUGACAACUGAAAAAGAUGGUAAAAAACAACUGAGAGUUAUGAGAAAAAAGAUUCCAUUGAGAGGAACAAUUCGAUAUUGUUCUCUAAAUGUACAUGAAAGACUUGAACAAGGAAGAUGUGAUGAUUUGAUUGCAAUGAUUUAUAUGUUAGUUGAAGUAACAUUAGGAGUUCCUUGGCAUCAUUUGAAAGAUGAAAAUGAAGUUAUGUCAAUGAAAAAAUCAACAAAAGAUUCAGAUUUAUUUGAAGAAUUACCUGAAGAAUUCCGAUUGAUAUUUGAAUAUCUCAAACCAUUAACUUAUAAUGAUCGACCAAGUUAUCUCAAAAUUUAUGAACUUCUGACAACAGCAAUCAAAAGAUUGAAAAUUAAUUUUUUGGAUCCUUAUGAAUGGGAAGAUGAUGAAAUUGAAAAAGAUGAAAAAUUAGAAAGGGAAAAAUUAGAGAAGGAAAAAAAGAAAAUUGCAGUUGAAUGUGAAAAAGAUGCGGAUGUUGAGAAAAAGAAAAUCAUCGAUGACAAAGAAACACACGAUCAAACACUUAAAACAUCUCAUGAUGUUGUUUCAAAUCAUGUUAUUGGAAGUAAAGAUUCAGCUAGUUAGUUCCAUUGUAACUUUUCAAUUUAAAAAGUUUGAUAAUGAUAUUUUUCAGAAAGUGGAAGCAAAACAUCACUUCGAUUGUCUGUUGCUGAACAAACUGAAAAAGAAUUGAAUACAGCUAUUGAUUAUGAUAUUUCUGAACUCAAUACGAAAAAGGCAUUGAACAGUAAGCACUCGUUAAUAUUUUGAUAACUACUUUUUGUUUUUUUUUCAGAAGAAGACCUUCAAUAUGUAAUCUAUCCAACAACUUCAAAAAACAAUUUCUCGGAAAAUGCGCUGCCAUUCUGA